AUGAUGAAUUUUAACUGGGCCAAUGAAUUAGCAAAAAAUGCGUUAAAAACGGCUCAAAAACGUAUCGAUUCCGUGCUUGAUAUUGCCCCAGGAGAUGAAGCAGAAAAUGAUGAGGACGCUAGUGGUAUAAUAAUUUCUUCUGAAAAUGAAACGCUGGAACAUGGGAAGCAAUCCGAACAUCAUGAAAAUUGGGAAGAAGCAAAUUCUUCAUUCACUUCUGCAUACGAUGGAACUUCAGGCGUUGAAGUUGUGGAUUCUGAACCUAAUCCUAUUCGUGAUAGUCACCAUGCUGGAUUAUUACCGCAUUCACCGUGUUCGAAUUCUCCGGAAGAAGAGUUGGUGUGUAGUGGAGAAGAGCAUGGAGAGGAGCAAGAUGCCUUACGUCUAAACGAUACCGAAAAACAUAAGGAUUCACAUCUUUUAGAGUCAACUGUUUACGAAGAUACCAAGCAUUUUGUUGCGGGAAAUUCAUCCUAUAGGAACGAUAAGCAUCAUGAUGAUACCUUGACACUUAUAUCAAGUGACUUCGAAGUACUUCGUCAAAGUGAUUCUUGCUCGAUGGCAAGCAGUGUACCGCCAAAAACUCUCUCCGUUUCGUCACCAGAUGCAACAGUAGAAACUUGCCAGCAGGCAAAAGAAGAAAGCGAUAAUAAUUUGACUGGCAAGCAGCAAACUCAUGCUGAAACAGCUCAUUUGAGGACACAAAUUCAGUAUCAGGAAAGACGAAUUCGUGAUCUUCAAUUCCAGAAUCAAAGACUAGAAGCAAAAUCCAAAGAAUUGCUUGCUCUAAAAGCGAUGCGAACACAGCAGAGCACAACAGAAGCAAAACUUCUGAAGAAACUGAACGAGAAAGAAACGAAAUUAGCAGAUCUUCUACAUGAAGGUGAAAAAUUAGCUGAAAUGAAUGGAAAAUUGACGAAAGAGCUAAAAAGACUUAGAGCCAGCCUCGCCGAACACGAGCAGUUAGCAAAAAAAAGUAGCGAGGCAGAAACUGAUCGAGAUCUGGCUCGUGAUGAAGCGCGAACUCUUGCAACAGAAGUUACAAAAUUACGGACCAUGAUCAAAUCUUUGGAAAGUAAUUUGGCGGAAUUAAAAGUAACAAAUGAAGGUUUAACAAGUGAUUUAAAGAGGAAGGACGAUAAGAUUAAUAAACUGCUAGCAGAUGUUCAGCAGUCAGAAGCAAGUCGAGAAUUAGCUCACGAAGAAUUGAAGAGACUGGGAGCUGCCUUUGAGGAGGCUUCGAUCAAAGUUAAGCAAAAAGAAAUGUCGUCAAAGAGUAUCGAAGAGAUCACUCGAGGUUUAAAUGCAGAUCUUGAAGAAGAGAAAAAGAAAAAUGAACAGCAAUCAACCUACAUAGACUCGCUGGAAAAGAGACUUGGUGAAAUGAUGGAAGCAAAUCAGAAUAAUGCUGAGAUGAUUGCUAAUGUUAGUGCUCCGUUACUGGAAUCGAUACAGCAUUUAGAAGAAAAAGUUUCGGCAAAGGAUAAGGAAUACGAACAAACUAUAUGCGAAAAAGAAGUAAUUAUAAAUGCACUGAACUCGGAAAAAGGACACAUUGAAAUUGAAAAUGAAGAAACAAAAAAAGAAAACGAAAAGGAUGACAAGAAUAUUAAUGCUGAAAAUAUGACAUGUCAUUCUGAUACUAUCAAUGAUUCGAGGCAGCUAUCAGGAAGUGAGGAGAAAUUGAAAGAAAUGAGGACACGAUCAGAUUUUAUAUUUUUAAAUGAAAUUGGUGAAGGAUCAUUUUCUACGGUAUAUCAUGUCAGGGAAAGAAGUACUGGAAGAGAAUUGGCAGCAAAAGUAUGCUUCAAAAAGCAAAUAAUUCGUGAAAAAAAAAUCGAUUAUAUAUUUCGGGAGAAGGAAGCUCUGAUACGAUUAUCGAACAGUGAUGGGAAGCAUCCAUUCCUGGCACAAGUCAUGUGCACAUUUCAGGAUAUUGAAAAUCUUUAUAUCAUAAUGACUUUGGCAAAGAAAGGUGAUUUAUUGAAAUUAAUGCGAAAAUCAGGCGGAAGAUUUGAUUUGAACUUGACACGAUUUUAUGCCAGUGAAAUUGUUGUAGCGCUGGACCAUAUACAUUCGUUGAAGAUAAUUCAUCGUGACCUGAAGCCGGAAAAUAUUCUAAUCUCUGAGACAGGUCAUAUUCUUGUUUCUGAUUUUGGUUCUGCUAAAAUUCUUGAUCGCGCAAAACCAACUAGACAAAUGAAUAGGCCAGAGAGUCAAAAGCGACGAGGUUCUUUUGUUGGCACGGCGCAAUUCGUUAGUCCAGAAGUUUUAAAAGGUGAACCAGUACAACAGGCUUGUGAUUACUGGGCUUUGGGUGCCAUCAUUUAUCAAAUGCUUACUGGUAAGCAUGCAUUUCAUGACAUAUGUGAAUAUCUCAUUUAUCGACGAGUUAUGAAUGCUACAUAUAAGAUUCCGGAUAAUUUUCCUGAAGUUGCGGCAAGUAUUGUGAGGAAAUUUCUAGUUGUAAAAGUGAGAGAUCGUUUGGGUUCUGUCGAGUCCGGUGGAGCUGAAGCUGUGAGGAAAGAACCGUUUUUCAAUGAUAUCCAAUGGGAUCGAAUUACGGAAAUCGAAGUACCGCAAGUGCAAUUCAGUUCCGAAGAAUGUUGA